AUGUCAGGUAUAUUAAAAUGGAUGGUUCCAUUGACCAUCCUUAGUUAUAUAAUCUAUGUUGUCAAUUUUAUCUGUCCACAACAGUCUUCAUCAAUUUCUGUUAACAAUUUGACUUGCGAGAGUUAUGCGUAUAUUAAACCUUCUAUUGAUCCAUUUAUCACGAUAGUGACCACUAAACUGAGAGAAAUUAGUUCAUCACUUCAUAUUUAUCACGUUGUAUCCCAAAUGAACCAUAAAGCAGGUGAAUUGAGUACGACUUUAGAACCGUGGUCUACUCAAAUAACAGGAAAAUCACAUGAAUUGGUACGCAAAUUAAGCGUAGGUGUUACUCCAAUAAUUUCAUUAGUGGAGUCGACCAUAUUUGAAAUAAAAAUUAGAAUCGCUCCAAAAUUAAUUAUAUGGAUUGAUAAGUUCAAGAUCUACACUCGAGUUCGUUUUAUAAGGUCUUGGGAAUUCGUGAAAUUCAAGGCCGAUUUGGUGUGGAUUAAAUUGAGUUUUAAGGCGAAUGAUAUUUUUUCAAAUCAAAUUAGACCAUUUACGAAGCUCUACUUGAUCAGAAUUCAAAACAGCUCUUCAUAUUUAAUUUUGAAGCACUAUUUUCAUGAAUACAAAUUGGAUGUGGUGGUUAAUUGUAUUUCUCGCAGUUAUAAGAGUUUAAUGGAUGUUAAUAGUUUUCAAGAAAAGAGUGACUUUUUGAAAAAAGAGUUCAAAAAUUUGAUGCAUAUGAAAACACCUAGUGUUCCUCAAGGAAAUGAUGAAGAGGUAGCAGAAGUUGUUAAGGAUAUUCUUGAAGAGAUAACUAGCCCAAUUAUUCUGUCCACCGAAAAUUCUAACUCUGUUCUGGUAGAUCCUACGAUCUCGUCCUCACCUGCAGAUUCUUUACUGGAAGACUCCGAUAGUGACAGCGAUGAACCAAUUACUAUUCUGCUAACCUCGACUAGAUAUGUUACAUUAGAAACUCAAACUAAUGAACCAAGUAUUGUUGACAAUUCGAUUAGUCGUAAAAUUGAGGAAGAAAUAGAUUACUGGGAAAAUAAAGUGAAUAAGACAUUGAAUUCCGCUUUGAGGAAUUUGUCAAAAGACAUGUCGAUAGCGGUAAAUUCCAGCAUUGAUACAAUUAAACCGAAAUUAUCAGAGAGGUUCACUCACAUACAGCAAACUAAUUAUAAGCAUUAUCAAGAACUAAAUAUAAUGAUUAAUGCGAUUGAUAAGGAUUCUGCUCAAAUUCAAGAAGAAAAUAGAAUAAUUGAGAGCUCCGAUGAGUCGGGCCGCCAAUAUGUUUCAAGACAAGACAUGAGAGAUAAAAUAAGUGAGUCGUUAACAUACUGUGAGUCAGAAAUAAAAGAAAUUAAGGAAUCUAUGACGAAGAAUCACCAUGAUGUCUUACGAGAAUACUUUAAGGAGAUCCAGGAUACUAUCGAUGUUUUAGAAUCCUUUGCUGAGUUGACAAUUCAAGAAUUUUCUAAUAGGUUACAUGCGUUAAUCACUAUAUUAGAAAAUGAGCAAGAAUUUGACGAAGUAAUUACUUGGAAGUUCUGGAAGAGAUUCCAUAAGAUAAAGCAAGAUAUUUUUAAUACCAGAGAUUUACUUUUCAAUCAAGCUAAUGACUACCAGAAUGACUUUACCAUAGACGUUGUCCCAGUUGGCUUAGAAAAUUGGAGUAUUUAUAUGAAAAACGUAUAUUUUCAUGCCAACUUCUUGACUAAUGAUAAUGAAGAAUAUUUAAAAUUAGUUAGAGCUAAAGCUAACGUGGCAUUUCAAUUAAGAGAAGGUUUAAUAGACAAGUUGGAAGAAGCUAUAAAAUCAGGAUCACAAGAUUCUGAUCAGUCGUCAACUAUUGAAGAAUCACCUAUCCAAGCUACAGAGGAUGAGCAAGCAGCUAGUAUCCAAGAGGAUCCGCAUGAAGGCGAUGAUGAAUCUGUAGGAUCCCGUCUGGAUUAUGAAUCUGGUCAAGAUAGUGAUGGCAGUGAUCUCGAAUCUGACGAUCAAGAUUGA